AUGCAUCGGAACUUGAGCGUGAAGAAACACAAUGCGAGAGACAAGGCCUCUUACCUGAUUCCCAUCAGUGACUUCAAGGAUGGUGGUUUAUGGGUCCAGCUCAAGACCGGUGAAGAAGUCAAGGAGGAGGACGUUGUGAUGACUGAGGAAGAAUGGAACACCACAAGUGCGAGAUAUGGUGCAAACCACUACAUUGCGGGAAUGGCCGCAAGGAUGGUCUUCGUAGAUGACGAAGGAGAAGAGCUUCAUGUCGGAAGUAUGAUGGCGAUGACGACCGCCAGAGUUCCCAGCUUCGAACCAGGGAGUAUGUCUUCAGAUUGGAUCAAGGCCUGCAAGGUGCACAACGCGGUGUUGAACAUUGAGGCGAACGAUUUGAUGAAGUUCGUGGAAGUGGCGGAGGAUGAAAUCUUUGAAGAGGAUGAU